CUAAACUGACCAGUCUGCUUCAGGACUCGAACACGAAAGUCCGUGAGAGGGUCGAUUCCGCGAUUAUUAUAUAUGUAUAUAUAUAUAUUAAAAACGUAUGUAUAUUAUGAACGGAAUUUUAUCGUCCGUAGUAACAAUUAGUUUCGUUGAUUCAAUUUAUUCGCCCCUCCGUUGAACGCGCAGCUUUAUUUCAAUAAAACCGAAACGUACGUACACGGGAAGAGAAAAAAAAAUCAAGGAAUCUGGAUUCAUCGUGUGUGCAGUGUGAUACAUGAUUAUUGAAUAUAUGUAAAAAUAAUAAUCACUUUCAUUUGUGUGCAGUAUAUAAAAGUUGAAAAAUAAAAGAAAUAAUAAAACCAGACGAUCACUUUAUAUGAAUCAUACUCGAAGUGGUGCGUUUCGCUCAUUGGAUGAAUAUUUAUUUAUAUUUUACAAUUUAAUUCAUCUAGAACGUGUGCAGUUAGCUGAAAGUAUAAUAAAAAAAACAAUAUAAAUAAAUAAAGCAAAAAAACAAAGAAGAAAAUCAAUCGUUUGGAGUCUGAAAAUAAUUUAUUAUUUAAGGCUCUUGCCGUUCAAUUUUACGGCAAUUUAGACAGAAGAGCCAAUAUAUUCGUAUAAUUUGCAGUAAUGCUAAAAACCGAUGGUACGGCGGGAGGUGGCGGCGGUUUGGUGAAUUCGAUCACGGUGAAUUCCAACAACGAAUCGAAUCUCGACGGGACGAUGAACGCGAAUCCUAUAAUGGCCACACCAGGGAUGAACAACGUUGCCUGGAAUCGGCAACAAGCCGUCAGCGUUCGACACGCGUCCAAAACCUACGGAAGCGCGAAAAAUCCAAAUCACGUAUUGCAAAACCUCGACAUGACCGUCGCUAAGGGAUCCAUAUACGGACUCCUCGGGGCGAGUGGUUGCGGCAAGACGACACUUUUGUCCUGCAUCGUCGGUCGGCGAAGGCUGAAUUCCGGUGAAAUUUGGGUGCUGGGCGGAAAACCUGGUACGAAAGGGUCCGGAGUCCCGGGAAAACGCGUUGGUUACAUGCCCCAAGAAAUAGCACUUUACGGAGAAUUCACCAUCAGAGAAACGAUGAUGUACUUCGGAUGGAUAUUCGGAAUGGCAACGGCGGAAAUCGUCGACAGGCUCAAAUUUUUACUACAAUUUUUAGAUCUACCUUCUCAAAAUCGACUCGUCAAAAAUCUCAGUGGUGGACAACAGAGGCGGGUAUCCUUUGCAGUUGCACUAAUGCACGAUCCAGAACUUUUGAUUUUGGACGAACCUACCGUCGGGGUUGACCCUCUCCUCAGGCAAAGUAUUUGGAAUCAUCUGGUCCAGAUCACCAAAGAUGGAAACAAAACUGUCAUCAUAACUACUCAUUACAUCGAAGAAGCUAGACAGGCGCAUAUGAUCGGUUUGAUGAGGAGCGGUAGAUUAUUGGCCGAACAAUCUCCGGGGACACUUUUGACCAUGUAUCAUUGUGCCUCCCUCGAAGACGUGUUCCUCAAAUUGUCGCGAAAACAAGGACAAUAUUCUCAACCCACGACGGAAUUGAAUAUCUCGAAUAAUAUCAGCCUGGCGUCCCUGAAUUGGGGUAAAAGAGACGAGCCAGUUUAUGUUACCGAGGAAUCUGGAGUCGUAGGUCUCAAUUUCCAUCAAAGUAAAGAGGUCCUUGUUCACGACACGACAAACGGCGUUGGAAGUCUGUACGACUUGAACGGAAAACCGCUUCCAGGAGUGAAAGGAGACACUUCGGUAGAAUGCGACGACUGCGGCGAUUUUACCGAUUGCUACAAGAUCACAAGUCCUGGUAAAAUACGAGCUCUAUUGCAGAAGAAUUUCUUAAGGAUGUGGAGAAAUGUCGGUGUGAUGCUCUUCAUAUUCGCACUGCCAGUUAUGCAGGUAAUCCUGUUCUGUCUCGCGAUUGGAAGGGAUCCAACGGGACUGAAAAUUGCCAUAGUUAAUCACGAAAUGACCUGGGGAAAUUUGAGUUGUCCCGUAGAGGAAAAGGAGUGUAGUUUCGAACGAUUGAGUUGCCGAUAUAUAAAAUUCCUCAAUAACGAUACAAUGACAAAAGAAUAUUAUCCAGACGCUGAAUCGGCCAUGGACGCUGUUCGUCAAGGGGAAGCUUGGGGAGCUCUUUACUUCACGGAAAACUUUACGGACGCCUUAGUCGCCCGAAUGGUCCUUGGAAGGGACGCUGAAGAGGAAAGUCUUGACCAAAGUGAAAUCAGAGUCUGGCUGGACAUGUCCAAUCAGCAAAUCGGUUUGAUGUUGGCCAGAAGUCUUCAGUACACGUACAGAGACUUUGCGAAGAAUCUAUUGGAACUUUGCGAACAAAACACGAAGUUAGCGGACGUCCCCAUUCAGUUCAAGGACCCCAUUUACGGCUCGAACGAACCCAGUUUCACGGAUUUCGUUGCACCCGGUGUUAUCCUAACGAUCGUGUUUUUCUUGGCCGUUGCUCUUACCUCGUCGGCAUUGAUCAUCGAGAGAAUGGAGGGUCUUUUGGACAGAAGUUGGGUCGCAGGAGUUUCACCGGGUGAAAUUUUAUUCUCUCACGUGGUAACGCAGUUCGUUGUCAUGUGCGGUCAAACCACCCUAGUCCUAAUUUUCAUGAUACUCGUAUUCGGCGUGGAGUGCAAAGGCGACAUCGGCUGGGUCAUCAUACUAACGAUUCUCCAAGGACUUUGCGGAAUGUGCUUCGGCUUCGUGAUCUCGGCGAUCUGUGAGCUCGAAAGAAACGCCAUUCAAUUGGCUCUAGGAAGUUUCUAUCCAACACUUUUGCUCAGUGGUGUAAUCUGGCCAAUCGAAGGAAUGCCUACCGUUCUCCGGUAUAUAUCGCAGGGUCUUCCUUUGACAAUGGCAACGACGUCACUGAGAUCAAUGCUUACACGUGGUUGGUCAAUCGGAGAGCCAGAUGUUUACAACGGAUUCAUAUCUACGAUAAUAUGGAUCGUCGUUUUUCUGACGAUAAGCAUGCUCGUUCUAAAAUUCAAACGAGGAUAAACCAUAAUUAUUGUAAUAUAAAUACGGGUCUUUUUUUUUUUUUUGUUUUAAAUCAUCUGCAUCAAUAGCAAGAUUCUAUAUAAUAAUAAUAUGAUUGUUGUUUUUUUUUCAUCUGUACAGUACCUAAAAUUUAAGAAAAAGACUAUAUCGCUUAAAUUCAAAAUUGUAGUAUAUACAUAUAUGUUGGUCUAUAUAAGUUUCUUUUUUUUUUCUUUUCUUAUCAUAGCUCAUUAUUUAGUGGAUAUAUAUUUGUUAUGUUGGUGCAAUCGAUGUCUGAGGAGUUGUUACAACGUUAUUAUUAUAUAAAUAUAUUUUUCUUUUGUGCUUUUUUAACUCAAGAACGAUAAAAGUCUUUUUAAGAUCAAACGUAACCAGAUGUGUAUAGUAUGUAAUGUAUGAUGUUUAAUUUCGUAUACUUCAAUUUCUAUUUUGUUCUCAUGACCAGAAAAUUUCUCCAUUUUUGAAUCUCUUUACAAUUUGGCAAACAGUAUUGACUAGGAAUUCCAAAAAUUAAAAACAAAAUUAUUAAAUUACGUAUGACGUUUGAAAAAAAAAAAAAAAGAAAAAAAACAGUUUUAUGCACUUCCUCAAGUAAAGUUAUCCACUUCCACUAACGAAAAACUCCGGAUGAAAAUGAAAAAUGAACAAACCAAAUCUAAAAAAUAUCGGUGCGCUCAAUGAUCAAUAUACAUAUGCUACGAGUUAUUGGAUAUAAACUCGAGCUUGAAUUAUGCUUGUCAAAUACAGUGUAUCAAUUUUAUCAAAAUAUAUUGUAUAUUUAUCGAUCUUUCAGAUCUAAUUCUCAAUCGACCUGGUUUAAUGUUCGGCCUGCACAAGCGUAAAACCUGGCGUCUGCCAGAAAAGGGAUAAUCAAUUUUUUUAGUCUACUUUCGUUGUAAGAAUCAAAAAGAACAAAUGCUGGUACGAUCAUAUCAGCUUCGAUUUCAGAAUAUUUUGAUAGAGUUGUAGAUACUGCGUAUUGUAAGAUUGUAAUUAGUACUCUUUAAGUUAUAUACGAUAGUUAUUAAUUAGACGAAGAUAACUUUAAAUUUUAUAUGCAUAUAAAUACCUAUACAUUUAUUUAAUGUAAGAUGAUUUGUACUUGCCCAUGACUUAGCAUGUUUUAUUUGACAUCAACAAAGUAUGUUCAGGUUUUUUUUUUUUGGCAGUUUGCUAUCUACACAUUCAGGCAAUGUUGCUCAUCGCUAUGUAUAAAAAUCACUGAUUAUUUUAUCACAAGUAUCGCGAUACAUUUUUUCACCCCGCACAGACAGAUUGACCGAUAAUUCAUUCGAUUGUGAAGUAUAUUUUUUUUCCGUUCAUUCAAAACAAUACACACAGAAAGUAAUGAUUCGAGACGAUGAGAUAUUUCACCCAAAUAACGACAUGUUUAUAUACUUUUAUAGGGAAAUUAAAGAAUAUAUCCUCAAACAAUAUUAUAUAUAUAUGAUAAUGAUAACAUUAAUCUUAACAGCAAUAUUGAUCGUAACACAAUUAUAUGGUCAAGAUUGGGAAUCGGGUGGAUGCAGUUGGAACGAAUGUAUAUGAUUUAGGAGAAUCAUGAUAAUAAUAACAACCAUAUUCAUAAGUAUAGUAACAUGAUUAAGGAUAAUAAUAAUAGAAAUAAUUAUGAAAAUCACAAAAUCACGGUCAGCAAUGAUGAGUAAAAUAGAUAGGAAAAAAUGAGAAAAAAAACAAGAAAGUGUGAAAUGUGGUCGGUAUACAGCGAGAUUCUGGUGAAACUGGUCGCUAUCCACGCAUGCGUCGAAAUAUUCGAAUUUCUCAGUCUACGAGCGUGUCCGAGCCUCGCCGGAGUCAGCGUAGCCACCGGCGUAGGCGUAUUGUUGUGAGAUGUCACCUAUCAGGACUGAUUCAGCAACAGAUUUUGCAGUGCCCUUAGAAGUGACAUCUCACAGCAAGAUGCCUACGCCGGUGGCUACGCUAAAUUCAACGAUAAGUGGGCUCAGGCUCGCUCGAAGACCGAAAAGUUCAAAUAUGUCAACGCAUACGUGGUUCGCAACCCGUUUCACCAGAAUCGCACUUUAUAAUUGUAUAAUAAUCAAUGAUAUUAUUUUAUAAAUAGAUUUAUGUCAUGAAUAGAAAUAUUAUUAUAUUGUCAUUUAUUUGUUACACCAAUUGUACCUACGUAUACAUAUUAUACAUAUAUAUUUACAUUCACAUAGAUAGUUAUUUGAGAAAAACAAACAAAAAUAAAAAAAAUCAAUAAAAGAUAAGGAAAAAAUAA